AUGCCUGCUGAGCGCAACACCUGCACCAGAAACAAUGAGACUUCUAAUCUGGAUCCACGCCGUCGCCCUCUGGCUCCUAGGCACAACAAUUCUCCAGAGGCUGAACCCCAAAGAGCACCCACCCCAUAUCCUUCUCACCUCCAAACCCUGGAAGAGCACUUCACCGCUGGAAUAAUAGAAAUGCCAGUUCCCAGGCGUCCCAUUUUAAGCUUUCCUCCUCAACAAGAAUCCGAUGACUCCUCCCUAGAGUUCCUUGAUGAAGGCGGUUUCCGUUACCCGUUCCCCCCCUUUCUGCCAAACGUUACUUGUCGACCUUUCGUUAUCCCAGGUCUUCCUGACUCAUCCAGCAGUGACGCUGUAGUCCUGCACCAAUUCCCUGGCCCCCUGGAAAUUCCACCAGCGUUGGAAGCUAUGACUGGAUCCUACCACGUUGUUCCUGCACAGGUUUUUCCAUCCUCAUCACCUAUGAAUACCUCAUCGUCCCCUAAUCCUGACAGUCCCCUCACUGCAUCAACUGAUUCACCAAGUAUGCCACCCCUCGCCUCAGAUGUCUCAGACAAUGGUAGCCUUGAUCAUGCUCCUAAUCUACGAUUACUAGCUGAUGCCAGUGAAUAUGUCACGGCCACCAAAGGAUACAGCAGCGAUCCACAGGAGUUUCUAGUUUACAGUGACGACAUAAUCCAACGACCCUCUAACGACAUCGCUCGAUCCUGGAGAUCCAUUCCUUUUAACACCUCCACCCCUAUUCAGGAUGUCGAUCCUCUAGAACGCGUACUCCCUCACUUCCCUGGAGCUUAUGCCACCAUGGUCACUCGACCUCCUAUGGGAGUCCCCAUCGAUGGAAAUCCUGCCUUCGGACUACGCUGCAUAUUGACGACCCCAGCCGACAUACUUCGAGUUGCUGAACCUGUGGGGAAUUGGAAUCAAUCGGACAAGGAGUGGGAGGAGGACACUUGGGAAUAUCUGCUGACACGGGACGACAACCUCUUGGAAAGCCUUUGGGCGUCAUUACAGGAUAUCAAAGACCCUGGAGUUACCGAUGAAGUCGAUCGCUUCAGAGCUGUAGAUGCUAAAAUCGAUUUACUCCUGGCAGCACGACAAUCGAACAACAUGAAUUCUCCAUUAUCACUCCCCCUUCCAGCACAAUGCCUCGCCGACUUCGCUUCUGUACCAAGUGCAAAACCAAAGGUCAUCUUCAGAGUGAGUGUUGGCAUUGGGUAUGCUCUUCGUGCUGACUCCUACAUCCUCAAUAUCCAUUCCGCAACCCCACUACCAUGGAACCUGGGCAAAUACCCUGCCCCAUCGAGGAGCCUGGAUAUUUACAAGAGCGUCGUGCCCAGUGGAAACUCUAAUGACGAAUCUAGAGAGGGGGGUAAUGUUACACCAAAGUCCAUGAUCAGCCAUGCUGUCCUUGGUUUUGCAGGUCAAGAUGCGUUGUUUGAUAUUGGUAUUGAUGGGUUCGAGGUUCUGAAUAGCUUGAAUGAAGACUUCUGA